AUGAAUAUAAAUAAAUAUGAGGAAUUUUAUCCAAGUAUUUUAAUGCACGAAAGACAUUGUGAUUUAAGUAGUGCCUAUGUAGUGUAUGAAAAAGAACAGUUAGAGAUAUUAGAGCAAGAGGUGUUUAAGGCUAUAAUUAUUAGAGCUCUAAUAAUUGAAGAAGUAAUAAAAUAUAUAAAAUACAUAUUAUAUAAUUAUGAACUUAUAAAAUAUGAUAACAAUAAAAAUAAUAAUAUUUUUAUAAGGUCAUAUGAUAACACAGAUGUACGAGAGAAUCAGAUAAAAGAUAUAUACUGUCCUAAAUUAGUAAAUAAUAAUAACAAUAUAAUAUAUGAUAAUAAUUUAAUAAAAGAUGUACAUCAUAAUAAUUUUAAAAGUAAAUUAUACGUUAUACAAUUUAAUAGUAAUGAAAGUAUACGAAGGAAUUUUUUUAAAAAUAAGCAAAAAAAUACCAUUAGUAAUGAUUAUAUAAGAAUACACGGAAAUGAUAUAAUUGAAAAUAAAAAUGAAAAAAUAAAUAAAUCUUUAUGUAAUGUAAUAUCCAAUGAAAAUAAAGAAACUAUAUUAAAUAAUAAAAAUUUGAAUACCAUAAUGUUAUUAGAAGAAAUAAAAAGAAAAGCUAUUUUUUUUAUUGAUAAGUCUUCUUAUGUUGUUAUAUAUAAAAGCAUUAAUGAUUAUUAUAAUGUUUUGAAAAAAAAUCUUAUUGAUAUAUCAUUAAAAUGUUGUAAUAAUAAAUUUCAAUUAUAUUCGAAAAAUAUUAACAGCUAUAGUAUAAAAGAUUAUGUUACUGGUUAUAUAAAUAAAAUGAAAGAAUACGAAAUGAAAUAUGAAUUUUCAGAUGACAUAGUUGUAAAAAUAAAGGAUAAACAAUAUAUUAAUAUCGAUUUAAUUUAUAAAAAUAAUAAUAAUAAACCAAUAUCUAACAUAAACAAAUAUAAUAAAGUAAAGAAUAACAUAUAUGAUAUAUUCUUAAAUUUUGUGAUAAUUUUCUUUUAUUUAUAUAUCAAGAAUAGCGAUGAUAAAAGAAAGGAAGAUAUAUAUAACAAUUUUUAUAAUAUUCUUAAGAAUAAUUCAUAUAAUUUUGAAAAAUUUUAUGUAUUCAUAUUAUUGUGUAAUAAUUAUAUUGUUUCUAUACGUAAUGAUAAAUUGAUAAAUUUUGUACCACACAAUGGAAGAAACAAAAUUUCUAAUGAUAUUAAUAAAGAAUUAUAUAAUGAUAAUAGUAUUGAGAAAAAAAUGACAACAAGUACAUGUGAUUAUUUAAAAUUUAAUAUUAAUAAAAAAUCAGUACACAAUAGAAAUUAUUGUUUUCAAAAUUAUAUACAUGGUGUAAUUUUUAAGCCUUUUUAUUAUUUUAUUGUAAAAGGGUGUAAUAAGUAUUAUAAAAUACAAAAAUCUAAAAAAUUUAAACAUAACACUUAUAGUAAUAAUAAUAAUAAUAAUAAAUGGACUAAUUAUUUUAAUUAUUUACAAUUAUAUUGUAAAUGUAAAAAAAUAAAUAACAAAUAUAGAAAGAUAAAAAUUAUAAGUGAUAAUAUAUUAAAUAAAAAGAGAAAUGACAAAUUAAGUGGAACAUAUUAUUUAUAUAAAAAUAAUAAGAAAAUAAACAAUUUUAUUGUAUAUUAUAAAAGAUAUAUAAAGAGAGGUUAUAAUAAUUCAGGUAAUAAUAAGAAAAAUAUGUUUUUUUUUAAAAAUAAUAAUAUUGUGUUAUUAAAUAAAAUAAUUUUAUAUAUAAUUGAUAAAAAUGGAAAGGAUUUAAUUAAAAAAGAUAAAUUGGAUAUUAAAGAGUGGCAUAAGAAUACAAAAUUAUAUUGUAAUAGUAAUAAUACGGAAGGUGGUGAUGGUGGCUAUAAUAAUCGUUCAAAUAGUAAUUAUAGAAAUAAUAGUAAUAACAAUAUUGGUAACUAUAACAAUAAUGGUAGUAAUUUCUUUGGAAAUAAUAUGGGAGGUAAUAAUAAUGACAAUGAUGGUAAUGACAAUAAUGAUGAAAAUAAUUAUAAACCAAAAAAUACCUGUAAUGAUGAUGAUAAUGAUAAUGAAGGAGAAAAUAAAAAUAAUAGUGGUAAAUACAAUAAUUCGAUAAAUAAAAAUGAUAAUAAUAAUAAUAAUAAUAGUACGGAUGAUAUAUAUGGGAAUAAUUUAGAUAAUGUAAACAAUGUUAUGAUGAAUCAUUAUGGUGAUAAAAUUUCAGUUAGUAAUGAAAAUGUAUAUGAUAAUAAUAGUAAUGUUAUUCACAAAAAAAUGAUGGACAAUAAAUUAGAAGGAAUAAAUAAAAAUGCAUCUAAUAAUAAUAUGAUUAAUAAUAAAGUUAUGAAUUCUGCAGGUGUUAUAUCAUCAAAUGGAGAUAUGAAUUAUAAUUUAAAUUAUAUGAAUUAUAUGAACAAUACAAAUAAUAUGAAUAUGCCAGGAUCAGGUGGAGGUUCAGGAGUAAAUCGAAUGACUACUGUUCCAAUCAAUCAUGUAAUGAAUUUCCCAAACUCAUAUAUGGGUGGCGCAAAUAUACCUGGUCAAGGUUCACAAAAUAUGCAUUUUGAUGGAAUAGAAAAUAUGCAUGAUAUGAAACAAACACCACAACAAAUGAAGCAUAAAACUAGUCAAUUAAAUUCUUCAACUAAUCAAGGUGAUAUUAAUAACAAUGCUAAACAAGUAGGAGGAUUACCUUCUAAUUUUAUGCAGAAUCAAAUGCAUCAACAAUACCAAUAUCAACAGCAAGUACAUAUGCAACAAUUAGUACAACAACAAAAUGUGCAUGGGUAUAAUAAUAUGAUGCAAUCGAAUAAUCAACAAAAAUUUCCAAAUCAACCAGGGACACACAAACAAUCUAAUGCAUCUAUAUUAAAAAUGCCACCUUUUUCAUCAAUGAAUUCAGGAGAUCAAAGAAGCAGUUAUUCAAUUGCACAAAAGUUACCAAGGCAUGUAAUGGAUACAAAUAAUAAUGUUCCCAGUAUCAAUAAUAAUAACAGUAGUAAUAAUAAUAACAAUAAUAAUCCAAGACAUUCUAGUUCAAAUAUGCCAUCGUUAAAUAACCCUAACCAAUUUAAUUCCGUUUCAAUGAAGUUCCCAUAUAAAGGUAGUUCACCUCAACCAUUGACUUCAAUAAAUAAUAAUAAUAAUAAUAAUCCAAAUCAACCAAAUCACAUGCCAAAUAUAUCUUCUCAACAAAAUAUGCAAAAUGUAAAUAAUAAUAAUAAUAAUAAUAAUAAUCCAUCAGUAGUUCAGCAAAUGAAUGUUAAUCAUCCCAUUAUGCAACAUAAUAUGAUGCAACAGAAUCAAAAUAAUAUGCAUAAUUUAGGUGGGAACAAACCAAAUGAAUCUCAGCCAAUGUAUCCAUUAGGUGCAUCUUCAAGCCAACAAGGAAAUAUACAAAACUUAGCGUCACCAAAUAAACAAAAAAUGCAACAAUUAUUUCAACAAGGUGGACAACAAAUCAUUGCACCAAAUCAAAAAGGUAUAAAUACCGCAAGUAUUUCCGGUUCUAUUAGUAGACAAACGAAUCAAGGAACAGGACAAAUUCCUAUAAGUCAUCAAAAUAUUCAACAAUUUUAUCAUAAUAAUUCUGGACAAAUGUUUCAACAACAACCCCCUUUUUUACAAAGGGUUUCUACUACCCCACAACAUGUUCCACAACAACAAGUACCCUAUGAAUGGAUGAAUAAUCCGUAUAUGCAUCAUCAGUACAUGCUUCAACAAUGUCAGUUAACACCUCAACAAUUGUUUAUGCAUCAACAAAAACAACAAAAUAAUAUGUUACAUCAUCAACAACAGCAACAACAACAAUUACAACACCAACAAAUACAACAACAACAAUUACAUCAGCAACAGAUACAGCAUCAACAGAUACAACAGCAACAGAUGCAACACCAACAGAUGCAACACCAACAAUUACAACAACAACAGAUACAACACCAACAAUUACAGCAACAACAGAUACAACAAGGAAAUAUACCUCCAUUGUCAGCGCGUCAAUCGAAACAAGGAAUAUUACAAAUGCAAUCACAAAAUAAUAUUUCUCAUUUACCUCCAAACUUGGAACAACAUUUUCAACAACAAAAUAUAUCUGAAUUACAGCAGCAUCAACAGCAAAUUCAGAAUAUAUCUGCACAACAUUCAAGCAUUUCCACCUUUAAACCUAAUGCUCAGCAAGUAAUGUACCCAGGAGAAAUGUUUAAGGAUAGUAAUAUAUUACAGGGUGAACAUAAUUUGGAAAUCAUGGAUGGUGUAAAUGAAAGGCAACGAACGAAUGAUACUUUAAAGGGAGGAAAUAUAGUAGAAGUGAGUAAUGUAUCAAUGGAAGCUAUAACAGAAGAAGAUAUUUUUGAUAGUAAUUACCAUUGUGAUAUAUGUAAUAAAGAUAUAACGCAUACGAUUCGUAUUAGAUGUGCUGAAUGUGUAGAUUUUGAUUUGUGUGUAAAUUGCUUUAGUACAGGGAAAGAAAUGAAAUCAGAUAAAUGUGAACAUUACAAUUAUCAUAAUUAUAUACCUAUACCUAAAUAUGAUUUUCCAUUAUAUAAAUUAAAUUGGAGUGCUGAAGAAGAAUUGUUGUUAUUAGAUGGAAUAAGUAAAUUUGGUUUUGGUAACUGGGAACAAGUUGCUGAUUUAGUUAAUUCUGUUGCAAAUAUUACUAAAACUGAUAGGGAAUGUGAAAGUCAUUAUUACAACUAUUAUUUAAAAUCUAAUUGUGCACCUUUACCUGAUAAUAAAAGAUUAUUAAUAAAACCAGAUGGGAAUCCAUAUGAAAUAGAGCAUGUCGUAGAAAAGGAUAUUAAUGACAAUGAUGAUUAUACAUUGCCCAAAUCCAAAAAGAAUAAUAGGACACAAAUUAUUGGAUACUGGCCAUUAAGAGGUGAUUUUGAUAUUGAAUAUGAUAAUGAUGCUGAAUUGUUAUUAGCAGAUAUGGAGUUUAAAGAAUCUGAUUUACCUCAACAGAAAGAAUUGAAAUUACAAGUUUUAGAAAUAUAUAAUUCCAAAUUAGAUGAAAGAAUUUAUAGAAAGAGAACAGUUAUCGAAAGAGGUUUAUUAGAUUCUAAAGCACAAAUGCAAAAAGAAAAGAAAAGAACUAAAGAAGAAAAAGAAUUAUAUGCUGCACUCAAACCAUUAUCACGAUUCCAUUCACCACAACACCAUGAAUAUUUUAUACAACUAUUACUAGAAGAACAAAAGCUACGUCAAAGAUUAACAAAAUUACAGGAGUGGAAAGCAUUAGGACUUCAAAAUAUAGAACAAGUACAAGAAUAUGAAAUUGAAAAAAAUAGAAGAGCUAAAGAAAUGGUAAAACAAGAAAGUAAUAGUACUACGGGUAUUAUUACUAUGAAUAAUAUAAGCAGUAGUAAUAAUAAUAAUACUGUUACAACUGAAAAAUUAGGAAAAUCACUAAAAACAUCUAAAAAAGACUAUAAAAUAAAAAAUAAAGAAGAAGAAACUGAUGAGAAUAAGAAAUUGAAUAUAGAUACAUUUGUAGCUCUUGAUUUGUUAAAUGAAAAGGAAGUGGAAUUUUGUAAAAAUAUGAAACUUCCUAUAUUAUUCUUCUUAUUAAUAAAAAGAUUAUUAAUAAUGGAAGUAAGCAAUAGUAAUUUGAAUAUGCUGAAAGAUAUUAAUGAAUUGAAAUUAAAAGGAUAUAAAGUAGGUCAGCUAUAUGAUUUCUUUUUAAGUUUUGAUAUAAAUCAGAAAGACGAAUUUUUGAACAGUGGAACCUUAAACACGUCUUACUUAAAAAAAAAUGACGGAAAAAGGAAAAAAUCGAAAAAUAAUUUUGACAACACAAAUUCAAAGGAAAUUGAUGGUAAAGAAAAAUUAGUCGUCGAUGGUAAGGAUGAAAAGAAUGAUAAAAACAGUAGCAAUAAUAAUAAUAAUAAUAAUAAUAAUAAUAACAACAAUAAUAACAAUAAUAAUAAUGCCAAUGUUGAUAAUUAUAAUAUCUAUGUCGAUAAUAAUAAUAAUAAUAACAGUAUUGAUGAUAAUAAUAUUGGUAAUUACUCAUUGAUGGCACUUCAAGGGGAAGUACAUGAUGAAAAUGAAAAAAAAGGAAAAUCAAAAAAUGAAGAUAAAAGUAAAACUUCUAAUUUGACUAAUAAAAAUAGUAAUAAAGGAUAUAAUAAAUUAAAUAGUCCACCAAAAGACGAUAUGAAUGAUAUUAAGGAAGAUGCAAAGGACAUAAUUUUGACAGAAUGUGUAAAUGAUAAGAAUAUGGAAUCACUUUUUGUGGAUAAUAAAUUGGAAUCAGACAAUAAUGAUCAGUUGAAGGAAAGCGAAGAAAAAUGUGAUGAAUUAAAUUUAACCGAAAAAGAAUUAAAUGAACAUAUUUUAAAUCCUCUUGUUGAUGAAAAAGAUAAGAAAGUUAAAGACAAAAAAGGAAAAAUUUGUGGAACAGUAAAAAGUAUGGAUAGCAAUUUAAUACAAAAUGAAGUUGACAUGAAAAGUAAUGAAAGUUUAUUUAAUGAAAAGAAGAAAGGUUCCAUAAAAAGAAAGAAUAGUAUUGUUAAUAAUGUAUAUGAUAAAGAAUGUGAAAAUAAUGAAAAUAUGAAUAUUUUAGAAAACGAAGUAAAAGACAACAUAACAGUUGAUGAUAUAGAAGAAAAUAAGGAAAUACCAAACGGUAUAACCGAAACUUUUGAAAGUAUAGACCAUAUUGAAGAAGAGAAAGAUAUGACAAUGAAAGAUAUUAAAAAUGACAAUGAUGAUAAUAAUGAUGAUAACAAGGAUAAUAUGAAAAAUGAUUGUGAUAAUGAAAAGGAUGAUGAUGACUAUGCUGUCCAAGAAGAAAACCUUGAUGAUGAUAAAAAAAGAAAAAAAAAGAAAAAAGAAAAAAAGAGUGAAUCUGCAGAUGAUAAAAGUGACGAAUUGAGUAGUUUAAAAAUAAAUGAAAAUGAAUGUACUUCAAAUGAUAUUGAAGAAGAUAUUAAAAGUAUAAAGUCCUUAAGAAAAAAAUCCUAUGAAAAAAUUAAGGGGGUUACAACAAACCAAAAAAAUAAUAGCAAUAAUAAAAAGAAAACAAAUGAUAGUUUUGAUGAAAUAGAAAACGAAACUACUGUUAGUGUAAACAUUAUCGAUUCAAAUAAUAGGAAGUCAAAGAAAAAAACACCUGAAAAACUUGAGACAAAUAAUUAUCAAGCUCAUGUUGAACCUAUGGAAAAUAAUGUAAAAAAAAAAAUUACGAAAAUGAGAAAAUCUAGUGAAUAUAGUAUAACUAGAAAUGAAUCAAAAAUUAAUAAUAAUUCAGAUGUAUAUAAUGAUAAUAGUUUUACAAAAGAUGAUUCGAACAUAGAUUUAGAUGAUAAAGCAUCAAAAAAUAAAAAAUCAGUUUCUUCAACUUCGGCUGUUAUUCUGAAUAAAAAUGAAAAAGGAAAACGUACCAAAUUGACAAAAGAAAGGGCUACUAUUGAUAUAACUUCCACUGUAGAUACAAAAGAAAAUGAUAAAAAAAUGAAAAGUUUUGAAGCAAAUUUGAAGAAAAAGGCCAAAAAAAGAAAGGGAUCAGUAAGCUUAAUCUUAAACCCCAAAAAAUCAUUAAAAUUAUAA